AUGGCUAGAGAGCUGUGUGACUCAAUGGAGCAGGACAUAGAGAGCCCUGUCACUAUUCAUCAGCCAAAGUUGCCCAAACAAGCUAGAGAGGAUCUGCCAAAAAAUAUAAACAAAGAAUGUGCCAAAAGAAAAAUCCAGAGGUAUGUUAGGAAAGAUGGGAAGUGCAACGUCCACCAUGGGAAUGUCAGAGAGACUUACCGUUACUUGACUGACAUCUUCACUACCUUAGUCGAUCUCAAGUGGAGGUUCAACCUGUUGAUUUUUGUCAUGGUUUACACUGUGACCUGGCUCUUCUUUGGAAUGAUAUGGUGGCUAAUUGCCUACAUGCGAGGAGAUAUGGAUCAUAUAGGGGACAGCACGUGGACUCCCUGCGUCAGCAACCUCAAUGGGUUUGUCUCAGCCUUUUUAUUCUCAAUCGAGACAGAAACCACCAUUGGGUAUGGUUACCGGGUCAUCACGGACAAGUGUCCCGAGGGAAUUAUUCUGCUUUUAGUGCAGUCUGUUUUAGGUUCUAUCGUCAACGCUUUCAUGGUUGGCUGCAUGUUUGUGAAAAUAUCCCAACCCAAGAAGAGGGCAGAAACCUUGGUUUUCUCUACAAACGCAGUUAUUUCCAUGCGGGAUGGAAAGCUGUGUCUGAUGUUCCGAGUAGGAGACCUUAGGAAUUCACACAUUGUAGAGGCAUCAAUACGAGCCAAGUUGAUCAAAUCCAAACAGACAAAGGAGGGGGAAUUUAUACCACUCAACCAGACAGAUAUCAACGUAGGUUAUUACACAGGGGAUGAUCGUCUCUUUUUGGUUUCACCACUGAUCAUCAGCCAUGAAAUUAACCAGCAGAGUCCUUUCUGGGAGAUUUCCAAAGCCCAGUUGCCCAAAGAGGAGCUAGAAAUUGUUGUAAUCCUAGAAGGAAUGGUGGAGGCAACAGGAAUGACGUGCCAAGCUCGAAGUUCAUACAUAACGAGUGAGAUCCUGUGGGGUUAUCGUUUCACCCCUGUCCUCACUCUGGAGGAUGGGUUUUAUGAAGUUGACUACAACAGUUUUCAUGAAACCUAUGAGACCAACACACCAGUUUACAGUGCCAAAGAACUAGCAGAGAUGGCCAGUCGAGCAGAACUGCCCCUGACGUGGUCUGUUUCCAGCAAGCUGGACCAGCAUGCUGAGCUGGAAACUGAAGAGGAAGAAAAGAAUCAAGAAGACCAAAAUGAAAGAAAUGGUGAUGUGGCCAACUUGGAGAAUGAGUCCAAAGUGUAG